CCCUCCGUAGGCUGAGAAAAGAGACGCUAUCUAACCGAACACCAUGGAUAACAGAUUUGCCACUGCGCUGGUGAUUGGCAGCGUCUUGUCCCUCAUGUCUGUCAUCUACCUGUCAGCGGCAGUGGGCACAGUCUACUGGUACCACUACGUCACAUCUCCAGUCCUUGCCAAUGUCAGCGAGACGGCCGCCAGCGAAUUCCUCGGCGAGCAAGAGAAGGCAAACGAGAAGGCUUACACGGACGCCCUCUAUCACUGUAACGGCAGUCUGGGAUUGUGGCAGCAGUGCAUUAUGGUCCUGCAACAGGACUAUUACCAAGAGGGUAAUUUUUUUUUUGCGUUACGGGAGUCUCUGCCUGUUUUACGGUGUGUAUCGCUGUCCUUCUCUGACCAGUUCUUGGAGAAAUACACCCAACCCGGGAACCACAACUCUGAGGCUGAUCUCAUCCGGACGUAUCUUUGGCGGUGCCAGUUCUUGCUGCCCCUGGUUUCUCUGGGACUCAUAUUUUUUGGUGCUGUUAUUGGUUUGGCUGGAUGUGUGUGCCGCAGCCUUUACCCAGCUCUGGGGACGGGAGCCUUACACCUCCUCGCAGGUGUGUGCACACUGGGCGCAGUCUUGUGUUUUGCCAGCGGGGUGUAUAUUUUGCAGAAGAGCCUGCCCCCACCGCCAGGUGUCCGAGGGGACUAUGGCUGGUCCUUCUGCUUGGCCUGCGUCUCCUCCCCUCUACAGGUUAUGGCCGGAGCUCUCUUCCUCUGGGCCUCUCGCGCCAGUCGGCGAGAAUAUUCUCUAAUGAAGGCUUACCGUGUGGCAUGAAGGAUUCAGCUUAGCUACAAGCAGUGUUCACCCAG